ACUUUUGCAGCUACGAUGUUGUAUUUGUAAUUUAUUCUUACAAUGAUGCUCGUGAUAGUGGUUCUUACUUUAGCCUUCAAGUAUAUCGAUAGCAGUGGUACAUAUAAAAACCAUGAAAAUCCUCUCAUUCUUACACCGUAUAUUGAAAGAGGUGAAGUGGAGAAAGCUAGAAGUUUAUCAAAAAAUGAUCCCACUGUAUAUAAAAACAUUAAAAGCUAUUCCGGCUUCAUCAAUGUAAACGAAACUGAAGAUUGGAAUCUAUUUUUCUGGUAUUUUCCUAACAAAAGACAAAUAUCGGAUCAAACACCGUGGAUAUUGUGGUUGCAAGGUGGCCCAGGGAUGUCAUCUCUCUACGGACUAUUCAGAGAAAUUGGACCUUUAACGUUAAAUAACGGCAAAGUUGGAAUGAUGCCAGUAACUUGGGCUAGUGAUUACUCACUGCUGUUUAUUGAUAACCCCGCCGGUUCCGGCUUUAGUUUCUCACGACGAAAGCGAUACCCUAAUAAUCAAGAUGAGAUCGGCAAAAGUCUUCUGAUCUUCAUGCAGCAGUUCGUCCAAGUAUUUCCAGAAUUAAAAGAAGCACCUCUGUUUAUUGCCGGGGAAGAAUACGGCGGGAAAUAUGUAGUAGGAAUGGCACAUUACAUACAUCAUGAUGAAAUGUUCUCAUCCACUAUUAAUUUGAAGGGUUUAAUAAUCGGUGAUGGCUGGAUCGAUCCACCCAAUUUACUCCAUUACUCUAAAUGGGCUUUACAACUUGGUCUCGUCGAUCAUCAGCAAGCCGUAAAGAUAAGAGAAGCGGAGGACAUGGCCAGGAUGUACUGGGGGCAACAAAAUACAUACGACUAUGCUGGAAAAGCGAAAAUGGCGUACAAUAUGUUGAAAAUAUUCGCACCAUUCGACGAUCUAAACUAUUUAAAAGACGAUACGGAACACUGGGACCAAGAAAUUAUCAAAUUUCUCAACCAAGAUAAAGUCAAAAAGGUAUUACACGUGGGCGAUAUAUGCUUCGAUUUCAUCAAUUACGGCUCUCAGAGCAAAUUAUAUGAAGAAAUUUAUUUGUCAGUGAAACCGUGGUUAGAGGAACUAUUAGAGCACUAUGGAGUCCUAUGUUACAGUGGACAACUGGACAUGCUUAUGGCAUAUGCUUUGUUGGUGGAGUCAUAUAGAAACCUGGAUUGGUCUGGCCAUGAAGCAUAUCUCAAAGCAAGCAGGGAACCGAUUUUCGGUCGGGACCACACCGUUAACGGGUAUAUCAAGAUGGCGGGCAAUUUCAUGGAAAUAAUGGUUCGGGGUGCAGGGCAACAUGUUCCUGCAGACAAUCCGAUAGUAGCAAAACAGGCUAUAGAUAUAUUUAUAGAAAAAAAU